AUACUGUGAAUGCAGGGUAAUUGCGAUCAGAGGGUAAGGAGGAAAAAGGUCGAGGCUUAGGCCUCUGAAGAAGAGUGGGGAAACACAGAGAGGGAGGUAGCAGGAGAGGGAAAGGCUGCCCUAAGAUGGGGGCAGGAGCCCUGCCGAAGGGCACUGGCGGCGGCGGCGGGCAUGUGGGGGACGCUCCUCUGGUCCUCGGGCUCCAACCUUCAGCCCUCGUCGACAACGUCGCCCGCGUCGAUUGGUCCCUCCUCGAUCGAAUCCCCGGCGACCGUGGUGGCUCUCUCCCUGUUGCAAUUGAAGAACUUGAGCAUAUAUUGAGGGAGGUUAAAACGCAUAUGCUUUCUCUGCCCCAUGAUCUGUCUUCUAUAAAGACAAUAGCUGGUGGCAGUGUCGCUAAUACUGUUCGAGGCCUAAUGGCUGGGUUUGGGGUCACUAGUGGAAUAAUUGGGGCUUGUGGGGAUGAUGAGCAGGGGCACUUGUUUGUAAGCAACAUGAGCUCCAGUGGAGUAAACCUCUCGAGAUUGAGAAUUAGUGAGGGACCCACAGCACAGUGUGUGUGUCUUGUGGAUGCACUGGGUAAUCGUACAAUGCGACCCUGUCUUUCACAUGCUGUUAAGCUUCAGGCAGAUGAGUUGACAAGAGAGGAUUUUAAAGGUUCCAAAUGGUUGGUCCUAAGAUAUGGGAUAUUCAACUUGGAAGUUAUUCAUGCGGCUAUUCGGAUUGCCAAAGAAGAGGGUGUUUUUGUAUCCCUGGAUUUGGCCAGUUUUGAGAUGGUUCGGAACUUUAGAUUACCACUUCUGCAGUUAUUAGAGUCUGGAGAUAUAGAUCUAUGCUUUGCCAAUGAGGAUGAAGCAAGAGAGUUGCUAAGGGGCGAACACAAUGAUGACCCUGAAGCUGCUGUCAAUUAUUUGGCUGAACACUGCCAGUGGGCUGUCAUAACCCUAGGCCCCAAAGGAUGCAUUGCAAAACAUGGUAAAGAGGUAGUUAGAGUCUCUGCAGUAGGGGAGUCGAAGGCAGUUGAUGCCACAGGCGCAGGGGACCUGUUUGCAAGUGGGUUUUUGUAUGGGUUAGUGAAGGGACUGCCACUAGAGGACUGCUGCAGAGUUGGCGCUUGCAGUGGUGGAUCUGUUAUUCGUUCACUCGGGGGUGAGGUUACUCCAGAGAACUGGCAAUGGAUGCAUAAGCAGUUGCAGGUCAAGGGCUUCCCUCUUCCUCACCUCAAGAAGUGAUUCCUCUUAUUAGGACUUGUGGCAUUUCCCAAAGGCAGCUAUAAAUUGCUGCCUUAAUUUAUGCUCCCCACCAAAAAAACCAAGGGCGGCUAUUUUUUCAGUUGCUUCUUGGGGCUAUCUACUAAAAUGUUGAGUUGCUGAGUUAUUAUUAUUAUUAUUAUUGAAUGAGAAGACAUUUACUUUAUUUCUU